AUGGUACUAAAAUGGAGAGACCGUAGAGAUGUUCUUAUGAUAAGUACAAAACAUUCAAACACGAUGGAAGAAGUCAUGGCUAAAAGAGGAAUUAAAAUAAAACCAAAAGUUGUUAUCGACUAUAACCGUUGUAAGGGAUACAUCGAUUUAACUGAUCAAAUGGGAUCUUAUAGUAGCUGUCUAAGAAGAGGUGUGAAGUGGUACCGUAAAGUUGCUAUGGAUAUUAUUUGCAACACAUCAUUAUUGAAUGCUUUUAGUAUUUAUAAAGGAGUCACUGGAAAUUCUAAGACAAUUACCCAGUUCAAAGACGACAUUAUUAAUGGAUUAAUUCAGCAAUCAAACAGUGUUCCAGAAGUUCCAGAAUUAUUUGAUUAA